CUAUAUAUAGCAGCAUAAUAAAGUUCCAUUAAAUUACGACUUGCCGGCCGGUUCGGAAGCGUUUUGCUCUUGUUUCACGUUUUGCGUCUUCCAACAAUAAGAAAAAGUAAACAUGCCUCAGUACAAGUUAACUUAUUUCCCAGUUAAGGCUUUGGGAGAACCAAUUCGCUUUCUCUUCAGCUAUGGAGGUGUUGAAUUUGAGGACUUCCGUUUUAACAGAGAAGACUGGCCAAAACUAAAACCUGACAUGCCAUUUGGCCAGGUUCCUGUAUUGGAGGUUGAUGGAAAGAAAGUUUGUCAGUCUGUAGCCAUUUCUCGCUACUUGGCCAAACAGUUUGGUUUGGCUGGUAAGAAUGAUUGGGAAGCUCUUGAAAUUGACUCCACAGUUGACACCAUCCAUGAUCUGAGAGCAAAGAUUGGUGCCUAUCACUAUGAGCCCAAUGAACAAGCCAAAGCUGAGAAACUCAAGAUUGCACAAGAACUGGUGCCAUACUACUUGGAACGUUUGGACGCCCAGGUGAAGAAAAACGGCGGUUACUUCGUUGGCGGUGCUCUUACCUGGGCUGACCUUACCUUUGUUGCUCUUCUCGACUACCUGAACUUCAUGAUGGGUCACAAUAUCAUAGAGAAAUACGACAACCUGAAACAACUACAAGAGAAGGUUCUCGCUAUACCCAAAAUCAAAAGUUGGGUCGACAAACGUCCCCAAUCUGAUGCCUAAGCAAAUUUACCGUUUUCGUAUCAAUUUUUUUUAUUUGUAAAUGCGUAGAGUUCGCGGUCAGAAGAGAAUUGUAAACCCAUGAAGUAUUUUUAUAUGCACAAAGAUUUGUGCUGUAUUAUUUUGAAUACCCCUACUACAGUUCACUUAGCAACACCUGUGCCAGUUGGAUAUGGCUUAUUUUAGAUUGCCACGUUAAUACACGGUUAAUCAAUAUAACAAGAUUAUUCAUAUACCGUACAAAGAUAUUUGUAUACCAUAAAUAGACUGUUGAGAUUAUGUUGUACUUUCCUGCAGAAAUAAACAUUUCAUUUUAUUAA